AUGGUCAACCAGAGGGCCAAAGAUACAUACCUCAGCCCGCAGGCUAGGGUGGCGGGAGAAAAGGAGGAGGCUGAGGAGUAUGGACCCACGGGGUUUGGAGAUAUCGGCAAGUACAUUGUCAACAAGGAGCGCAAGCUGCUGAAUGCCGAUAUCACACUGCGAAACAAUGCCAUAGCAGCUGCCAAGGAACAGGGCAAGGAGGUGCCGCAACUGUUCAAGGAUUGUGUUGUAUAUGUCAACGGAUACACACGUCCGUCGGCCAACGAGCUACGUCGCAUGAUUGUUAUUCAUGGAGGUGUCUAUUUGACCAAUUUGCACCUGUCUGGAAAGACUGGAGUGACUCAUAUAGUGGCCAGCAAUCUCACCAAAAAGAAGAAGCUCGAGUUUCAGAGCUACAAGGUGGUCACUCCCGACUGGGUGGUCGAUAGUGUCAAAGAGAGCAAGGUGCAGGACUGGGCCAAGUACAGGUUGAUUGUGGACACGGGCAACAAAAAUGUCCUGGGGUUGUUCAAGGCCAAGAUGGCUACAGAGUCGUUUCAGGAGCUGUUAGAUGAGGAGUUGGGUGAUGGUGGAGAUUUGACACAGUCUCUGCCGACGAUAGAAGAACCCACCAAGUGUUCCAUUAUCCCAUCAUCUCUAGCUUCUCCCGCUCACAGCAUGAAACCACCGGUGAGCAAGGAACCUGUGGCAUUAUUUCCUCGUCCUUCACUGGCGAGAAAAGCCGAGCGUGCUCCCUCAGUAGAGUCGCCAGCACCGAAACGAGCCAAACCUAUCCCUUCGUUCUCAUCGUUCGAGUUGUCUUUCGAUGAGGAGGAGCUGUUCAACUCCCUGCCACGUCCAGGAGCAAAGGGCGAGUCAGAGAGCCGGACUAUGGGCACCCAAGAGACUCAGACCCAGGAGGGGACAGAUAAAACCGAGGAGACCCAGGAAGAGACCCGGGGGCAAACUGAGGACGAAGCUCGAUACGAAACAGUCACGACUGCAGAUAAUGACGUACCAAUCUCGUCCCUGCCCUUCAGCAGCAGCAUGUUACGAGCUGUGGACCAGAGCAUCGACGCUGUGAAGGCGGAGGAUGCAAACUACGACGACUUGGAGUUCAGUCAGAGUGAGUUACUGGGGGUGUUGAGUCAAGUAGGUGACGGUUCUGUACUUGAACAGGCGUUGGAGACUGAAGGUGAGAUACAGGUUGACAAAGGAGAGCCCCCAGAUCAGUUAGAAGACUCAGACUUUGACUUCUUGGACCACAUUAGUGCCGAGGAGUCUGCUGACGAAUCUGAGAAGGAAGACCCUGCUGUGGAAAGAUUGGCAAAGGAAGAGUCGUCGGGAAGAUCAGUUACUCCACCAAUUCGCCCGGAAGAUCAGCUGUCGACGACACCAAUCAAACGGACUAGCAAACUUCCGUAUGCAAUCGACGAUCCCAGAUUCAUCUCCCACUUUUACGAAAAGUCUCGUCUGCACCAUCUCUCUACCUGGAAGGCCCGUCUACAGGCUAAAUUCGAGUUGUCUUCCAAAAACAAACAAGUACCACCUCCUAUAUCUGGAGGCGAUCGGAUCAUCAUGCACCUUGACUUCGACUCCUUCUUCGUGGCGGUAUCUACGCUUGACAGGCCAGAUCUGACCAGAAAACCGGUUGCGGUAGGCAGUGGAGGAUCCAGAAACGCUGACAUAGCCAGUUGCAACUACGAGGCUCGAAAAUACGGCGUCAAGAACGGCAUGUGGAUGUCACGUGCCCUGAAACUGUGCCCAGAUCUGCAGACUGUGGACUACAACUUCCCCAAGUACGAGGAGGUGUCUGAGGCGUUUUAUACAAUCCUAAGAGAGUCUCAGCUGGACUACAUUCGGCCAGUUUCUGUUGAUGAGGCCCUUGUAGAUGCCACAACUCUCAUCGAGGCCAAUGCGACCGAGUGUUCACUCUCUGAAGCUGCCGAAACAGUUGCGAAAGCUAUCGCGACCAAAGUGAGGGCCACGACAGGAUGCAACAUCUCUGUUGGCUGUUCCAGAAACAUACUACUAGCUAAACUCGCUCUUCGAGAAGCCAAACCGAACGGAGUCCAUGUCAUGUUUGACCAGAAAGCUAUUUCCCAACUCCUGGAUAAGACCAAGAUUUCAGAAAUCCCUGGUAUAGGCAGGUCAAUAGCUGGUCAGAUUCGCGAAAAACUGCAUGUGUCAACUGCAGGUAAACUAGCUCGUCUGAAGGACGUGAUUCCAAACAUGUCUGCUCUAUUGGGCCCCAAACGAGGGCCUCAGAUUGUCGACUUUUGUCUUGGCAAAGAUGACUCUCAGAUAGCUGUCCAGGAUGAACGCAAAUCCAUCAGUGUGGAGAUUUCUUAUGGAGUUCGGUUCGAGAACAAGAAGCAGUUCGACGGGUUUGUGUUUAACAUGUCUGCCGAGCUGGCUUCUCGAAUGGAGGAGAUUUCUGUCGAGGGCAGCCAGUUGACGUGCAAGCUCUAUGUGCGUAAAAACGAGCAUGAGACCCCCAAGUACAUGGGCCAUGGACAGUGCGACAUUUACAACAAGAGUGUGAGUCUGGGGUGCUCGGUGAGCAGUACAAGUGAGAUUAAUUUGGCUGCCAGGGGCCAGUUUGCUGCUAUGGGAUACGAUCCUGUAUUGGUUAGAGGAGUGGGUAUUCAGAUAACCAAACUGACCCGUGAUAAGGGUAAGGGAAAACAGUCCAUGCUGGACUUCAAUCGGGGAAGAACCACUAGACCCGAUCUACGUGCCCCUAUCAUGCCCCCAGCGGGCACUCAGUUUGAUAUUCCCGCUGAUAUCGACCCCGAGGUGCUUCCUUUUCUUCCUGCUUCCCUUCGAAAACAGAUUGAGACUAGAAUGGGCAUUACCGGUGGUUCUAGAGGUGCAUUGGAUCCGCCUAAAACGCCAACCAAAAAGAACCAGCAAGAAAUGGGCUCGUUUUUCAGCCCCAGCCCCAGCAAGAGCGUCUACGCAACCCCGGGACUGAGUCAGAGCUCUCCCAUUCGAGCACCAAGUAUCUCACCUUCUCCACGACGAGCCAAGUCGGUCAGUCCUCGGAAGCGUCCUGGAAAGCCUGCUGCCAAGACCCAGAUCAAGCGUCAGAAGGCCAACGUCAGGAUAUCUCAUUUGCUUCCAGACGUGCAGGUCUGUUCGGAGGAGAUGGCGGCUCUCCAGAACGAGCUGGCCAUAUUGAAGGCUGCUCUUGGAGAAGGCACUCCCGUGGAGCUGGUGACACGAAUGAUGCCUCUGGUGAACUCGCAGACGGACAUGAACAUUUUUAUGGAACUGUCGUCGUCCAUUCAACAAGAGGUGAUCAUGGAUUACCGUAACGAGAUCCAGCGCAAGAUUGCUAGCAUCUCAAGACAGUUGGAGGAUCUCAAGGAGAAGGAACGGAUCGAACGAAGCCGAGAAGGCUCGAACCUGAGAACUAUCUCCCUGGGAACGGUUACUCGAAACAGACCAGAUACUCAGGAGCUGUUGAGUAGACUCAGUCAGUGGGUUAAAUCUAGCUACGACGGUCCCCAUGAAGAUGACGUUACUCAUAUGAUCAGACGGCUACGGCAUUACCGCAACGAGGGGUACCACGAGGUAGUCAACGCCUCUGUUCGUUGGCUUUCCAAAUUGAGUGCCAAAAGUCCAGAUUGGUCGGGGGUUGUGAGAGAUAUAAUAGUUGGUUUGCAGGAGGGAUAA